AUGAAAAUAUUUGCAAUACCAAUAAUAAAAAAUCGUACAACAUAUUAUUGUCAUCAUAAAUCAAAAAAAGCAACACAUUUAACAAAAUUAACAAAUUAUGCAACAAAAAAAUGGGAUGCAUUAUCAAAUGCUGAUAAGAAGAGUUUAAAAGGUAGAAUUUAUAUAACGGGACAAAGAUUAUUAGAUAAAAUGGAUUAUCAAGAAUAUUUUCUUAAAGGUGUUCCUAUGAGGGAAGAAAGGGGCGAUGAUAAAAGUUCAGUACCAUUAUUGUAUCCUUCUGACGUAAUUACACCCGAACUAACAGUUGAUAGCCUUCAACGAUUGUUAGAGAACAGGCUACCGUAUCAUCGAAAAUACAUGAUUUACUCUGCAUUAUUUGUUCCCUUAUCAUCCACAUUUACGAUAGUUCCCAUUUUACCUAAUAUCCCAUUAUUCUAUAAUCUAUUCCGUUUGUACAGUCAUUAUAAAGCAUAUAAAGGAGCACAACAUUUAUCUCAUGUUAUGAAUGAUAAAAGGCUUGUCCCAACAGAUUCAAAGGAAUUAAAUAGAAUUUAUAAUGGAUUAGAUUUAAAUAAUUGUAGUGGUGCCAUUGAUGAACAAAGAAUUCACAACAUUGCGAAAAAAUUCGGUUUAGUCGCAUUGGAAGUUGAUGUUAAAAGAGCAAGAUAUCAAAUAUUAGAAAAAAUAAAAAAAGAGUCACAAGAACAGGCGAUUGAUGGGAAUGUCUCAAAUCUUGAUGAUAUUCAAAAAACGAAAAGUAAAGUUAUUCAUAAUGACAAAAGACUUUAG